AUGCAAAAUUUCCAAGACUUCCUAAAUAAAUUGAAUAAUUAUAAAGAAAUAGACAUUCCAUGUUAUUAUAGAAAUCAAUUUAAAACAAAAUAAAACUCAAUCAAUUCUAAUUUUUAUGAGGCUUCAUAAAUGUAAAUUAUAAUUUUAUAUGAGACUUAUAAACCAGGAUGUCCUUAAAUUAAAUAAAAAGUGGGACUAAUAAAGUAAAUAGAUAUUUAUUUUGAUAAUGAUAAAAUAUUUCUAGAUGAAAAACAAAAAAAAUGUUAAUCCUGAUAUUGAAGAAUGGAGAGAAUUAAAAAGAAUAUUUGGAAUUGAAGAAUAAAAAUUAAAAUAAAAAUGGAUAACUUUAAUAACUCCUAUGACCAAAAGCUUAAUUUGGGAAAAAGAAGAGGAUGAUAUCAUAAAAUUAUAAAUGAAGUAUGAAUAAUAAGUUUAUUACAAAAUAGUGUCAAGAAAGGAAAACAUAUUUGGACUGAAAUAGCAUUAGAAUUGUAUAAUCACAAUAACGGUAUUUAUGUUAGAACUCCAAAAUAAAUUAGAGAAAGAUGGAUGAAUUAUUUGAAUCCUAUUUUGAAAAAGUUUAAUAAAAUAUAUUUAUUUGUAUUAGGUCAAGCUGGACAGAUUAAGAAGAUAUUUAAUUAUUAUCUUUGGUUAUCAAAAAUGGAAAAAAAUGGUCUAAAAUUUCUAAAGUAUUAAAUGGUAGAACAGAAAAUUAAGUUAAGAAUAGGUAAGUAUGAAUUAGAUUAUUAAUAGAUUUAAAAGUUUAGUUCAUCGAAUUUAUUAGGAAUAAGAAGAUGAUAUUGAUGAAUUAUUGGCAAUUAAGUAAUAUCUUUCAACAAAAAUCUCAGCAAGUCCUGAUCAAUAAAAAAAAGAUUAAGAAAGUAAAUUAACAGAAAUUCUUCCAAAAUAGAAGGAGAAAGAUAUAACUGAAAUACUUGAAAUAUAAAAAGUUGAGAAGGAUAUUUUUAAUUAAUAGAAAAAAGUUAAAAUUGAAACUGAAGAAUGCGAAUAGAAUGCAGUAAAGCAAGAUAAUUAUUAUAACUAUUUACUUUAAUAACUUAAUAAUUAAUUUAUUUUUUCAACCUAAGGAAAUUAUGACUCAUAAAGCUUAGAGAAUAGAAGCAGUAUAUCUGAUUUGAAUUAUUUUGGAAGUUUGUUAAGUUCAGACUUGGAUGAUUAAUGUAUCGAAUAAAAUGGAAUCAAAACUACAAUAUUUCCUGAUUCACCAAAAAUUUAAGAUUAAUAAUUAAACAUGUCUAAUAAUUAUAUAAAAGAAACAGGUAUUGAAAAAAGUAUAAGUAAUAUAUGUGCAUUAAAUAAUAAUCUUUUUAAUAGAUAAGAUAUUUAUAAAUCAACUAAAAAAUAAAUAUCAAAUUUACUUGAAUAAAACUCACAAAUUAAACCAACAUAAAUAGUCUAUUCUUCUUUAUGUUUUGAUAGUUCUCAUUUGUAAGUAAAAUCCACUUUUUAAAGCCCAUUACAAUCUUCUACUUAAUGUAUACAAUAAUAAGUGCAUUUAGAACAAUAAAAGUAAAAUUAGAUAUAAGAUUAUAAAGUAAUUAAUUUUUAGAUAAUAAGGAUUUAGAGUUGAAGGAGUGGAAUGAUAAGAAUCUUAUUUGGAAUUGGAAAAAUAAAAUAAAAUAAGAUUAGUAAAAUGUAAAUGAAUGA